UCUAUGUGACACAAAACAACCAGGAGCUGGAGAAUUGGAAGGACUUGGUCCGUUGGCCGUCAAAUGAGUAAAAUAGCAAGUGUAUUUGAUAAAUGUAUCCGAAGGAAAAGUGUUUUAGCUGAACGUGUCACGUGUAGGUUAGCUUGCAUGCUAACGAGAUGCUAAACCCGUCCGGCGGCUCCGCAGAUGAGCCCAAAUCGGCCGUGGUCCAGCCGAGGAUAGCCCUGUACCAAGGCCCCAGAGGAGGACACAAGACCAACCCCAUCAGCGUCAUUCUAGUUAGCUCUGGAAGCCGAGGGAACAAGCUGCUUUUCCGCUAUCCUUUCCAGAAAGUCGCCGAGUGCGCGACGUCGCAUGCAGCAAAACAGCGGAAUCGUUAUGCACUGAACACAACAGGAGAAGUUGAAGACCAAGAUGGAGAUUCAAGAGAAGCAUCUUCACUAACUGACGAACAGUUGGUAGCGGGGUUCUCUGACAUCAUCCUGGCCACCAUCCUGGCCACCAAAUCAGACAUGUGCGGCAAGAAGUUUGAGCUGAAGAUCGACAACGUUCGAUUUGUGGGCCACCCGACUUUGCUUCAGCAUCCUCACGUCAUUCAGGUGUCUAAAACAGAUCCUUCACCAAAGAGAGAGAUGCCCACCAUGAUCCUAUUUAAUGUGGUCUUUGCAUUAAGGGCCAACGCCGACCCCUCCGUCAUCAGCUGCAUGCACAACCUUUCCCGCCGCAUUGCCAUUGCACUGCAGCACGAGGAGCGCCGCUGCCAGUACCUGACCAGGGAGGCCAAACUCAUGCUGGCCGUGCAGGACGAGAUCACCACCGUCACGGAAACUGACGAAAGUCCACAGUCGCCGUUCAGGCAAAUUCUCCCCAAAUGCAAGCUGGCCAAAGACCUGAAGGAGGCGUUCGACAGCCUUUGCACCACCGGGGUGGUGCGACUGCACAUCAACAAUUGGCUGGAGGUGAGCUUCUGCUUGCCGCACAAGAUCCACCGUAUUGGAGGCAACUACAUCCCACCUGAGGCGUUAGAGCGCAGCCUGAAGGCCAUCAGGCCCUAUCACGCACUGCUGCUGUUGGAAGGCGAGAAGGCACUACUGAGCCAACUUCCCGUCGACUGCUCGCCCGCCAUGAUGCGCCUCAUCAAGACGUGCUCGGCGGUAAAAAACCUCCAGCAGCUGGCCCAGGACACUGACCUGGCCUUGCUUCAGAUCUUUCAAAUAGCCGCCCACCUGGUGUACUGGGGCAAGGCCAUCAUCAUCUACCCUCUGUGUGAGAACAACGUCUAUAUGUUGUCUCCUCACGCCAACAUCCACCUAUGCUCCCCUCAGGCUGAACAGUUUGCUCAGAAGUUCCCCGGUCACGAUCUUCCUUCCAUGUUGGCAAAGUUCUCGCUGCCUGUCUCGCUGGCUGAGUUCAGGAACCCUCUGGAGGCUCCUGCACAGGAGGCCCAGCUGAUCCAGAUGGUGGUGUGGAUGCUCCAGCGCCGCCUGCUCAUCCAGCUGCACACCUACGUCUGCCUGAUGGUGCCGCCUGUCAAGGACGAGCCGGCGUCCAGAGACGAUGACCUCCUGCUGGCCUCCAGGGUCGGGGGCCAAAGUCUAAGCACUCCGACAGCCCUGAGCUUUGGAUCACCGACCAGCAGUGACGACAUGACCCUGACCAGCCCAAGCAUGGACAACUCCAGCGCCGAGUUGGCGCCCGGCGGAGACUCUCCCCUCAACAAGAGGAUCCUGUUGACGGAGACGCUUUGGGCCAGCCUGUGGGACUAUGAGAGACACUUCAUUCUCAACAUCCCCUCCGCUCAGAACCAAGAAGACCUGAGGAUGUUUACCAGGCUGCUGCACUAUUUCCGGGGCCACCACCACCUGGAAGAGAUCAUGUACAACGAGAACAUGCGGCGCUCGCAGCUCAAGACGCUCUUGGACAAGUUCCGCAGCGUCCUGGUGGUGACCAAUCAUGAGGAUCCUAUCAUUUCCAUCUUUCAGUCGCCCACGGAGUAGACGCUUUGGAGGCUUCAGGAGCUCCGUUUCCUUCAUAAAGGUAACCCUCAUGAAGGGUGAAAAGAAAGGAUGAGUUUGUAUAAAAUGAGUUGAGAUAAAGGAGGUGACAAGAUGUGAAAAGGCGCAUGCUGACUAAUGCUCAUUCCAGACCUCCACCUCAUGACUCCCGGAGGUGGGAGAGGACUUUGGACAUCAGACACAGGCAGGCUGUUUUUGCUUUGAAGGGAGGAGAAGGUCCAAACAAAACAUCUGUGGAAUCAAUGAGAGGCCUCAAGACGCUAGUCUUUCAUUUUGGAAAAAAAGUCAUGUGUGCGUAAUUGUUUAGAACUUUUGCUUUUUCGCCUGCGUGAAAUGACAGUUUUAGUUGUACGUGUGUAUGGACAAAAGUAUCGGGACACGUGACCAGUACACAUAUAAAAAGUGAAAAUGAAAGAACAUACUGAGUGUGUAGAGGACAUACAGUAAAUGAUACAACUUUUAAUAUUAUCCUUAUAUCCUGAUAAUGCAUGUUGAUAGUGUUGUCCCCAUACCAAUAUUUUGCUACCAGUACCAAAAUGUAUUUACAUAUUUUUCCAUACUUUUCUAAAUAAAGGGGACCACAAAAAAGGCAUUAUAGGCUCUAUUGUAACAACAAAUGUUAGUGUACAUGAAACAUAUGUUUAUUAUUGUCAUUUAGUCCUUCAAUAAAAUAGACAACUUGUCUUUUAGUAGUAAGUAAACAAACAAAGACUCCUAAUUAGUCGUAUGCAGUAACAUAUUGUGUCAUUUAUACACCUAUUAUUUUAUACACAUUAUGAGGGACAAACUGUAAAAAUGAAUGAUUAAUCUACUUGUUCAUUUACUGUUAAUAUCUGCUUACUUUCUCUUUUAACAUGUUCUAUCUACACUUCUGUUCAAAUGUAAUAAUCACUUAUUCUUCUCUUCUUUGAUACUUGACAUUAGUUUUGGAUGAUACCACACAUUUAGGUAUGGAUGUGAUACCAAGUAGUUACAGGAUCAUACAUUGGUCAUAUUCAAAGUCCUCAUGUGUCCAGGGACAUAUCACCUGACUUUAUAAUCAUAAUAUACAUUUAAAAAAAGGAAAAAAGAUUUUGUGAUGCUAAAAAAUAUCGAGUAAUAUCGACCAGCAAGGAGCAAUACUUUUUAGAGGCGGUAUAGUACCGCAUAUGAAUCAUUAGUAUCGCAGUACUAUACUAGUACCGUUAUACCGUACAACCCUACCAAGUAUAGUUGGUAUAUAUUGUAGUUUUUAUUGUUUACAAACUUAUGAAAUAAGAGCCCAAUAGUUGGUUUUGCUUUUGUAUAAUUAGUUUGCACUAUUGACUUUAUUAUACAUUAAAGGGAAUUUAAAUUAUUUUUGUAUUUAAAAAGUUUUAUUUUGCUGUGAUUUUGGUUUGUUUAUGUUUAUUUCGAACAUGUAUGCAGUCACACUAGGAUACAUUAUACAAUUUACAUACAUUAUACAAUUUACAUAUAUUAUACAAUUGACAUAUAUUAUACAAUUUACAUACAUUAUACAAUUGACAUAUAUUAUACAAUUGACAUAU